CACCAGCGAAAGUUGUUGUAAUGAGUAAUCCUGCUCUAACUGUUGUGGUGUUGCUUCCUCUGCUCAUCCUCUCAGCACCAUUGCUGUGCAAUCUUUAGAACCCAAUUGUUCGAAGAAAUACCCUUGACAUAAAAAUGCUAUCUUUCGCAAUAACCAUACCUGUUGUUCCAGUAAUCACCAUUAACAAAUGGAAGCAGAGACAUCUGCAAAGGCUAAGGCAAAGGGUUUCAGCUUCUAUUCACCAUGACAGCCUCAGAGUCCUCGAAUGGGACAAGCUUUGCGAUGUAGUCGCUUCCUUCGCCACCACUUCUUUGGGUCGUCAGGCCCUCAAGGACCAGCUAUGGUCUCUGAAUCAAACUUUCGAAGAAAAUGUCUUCCUUCUCGAGGAAACCAAUGCUGCUGUUGAAAUGCACAGGCAUGGCACUCUCAGAUUGCACUUGGGGCACCUUGAUGCUAUGCUGGUCAAAACCGCCAUUCAACAUGCCCGGAGAAGUACACCAGUGAGUGGCAGUGAGGCACGGGCCAUUGUCACUCUUCUGCAGUGUGCUGAAAUUUUGCAGGGUGAUCUCAAGGCUGCAAUUAAGGAAGACAAAGAUUGGCAUGGUCGUUUCAUGCCUCUUACAGAACUGAUAUUGGAAUUUGUCAUCAAUCGGUCCUUAAUUAAAGUGAUAGAGCAAGUGGUUGAUGAAGAUGGAUCUAUUAAGGACUCUGCGAGUCCAGCCCUUAAACAUUCGCGACAACAAGUGCAAGUGACAGAGAGAAAGGUAAAACAGCUAAUAGAGAACAUAAUCAGGAGUGAAAGGAGUGAAACCUCAAUUCUUGAAAUGAAUAAUGUAGAUGGCAGGUGGUGCAUAAAAGUUGAUUCUAGACAAAAGACAAGUUUUAAGGGUCUAUUAUUGUCCAGUGGAUCAGGAAUUGGAAGUACUAUAGAGCCACUUUCUGUUGUGCCUUUAAAUGAUGAGUUGCAGCGAGCAAGAAGUUCAGUGGAAAAGGCUGAAGCAGAUGUGCUUUUGACAUUAACCAAAAAGAUGCAGUUGGACGUUGAAGAUAUUGAAAAGAUAUUGAACAGUUUGGUUCAACUAGAUGUGAUUAAUGCUCGUGCUACUUAUGGACUUUCAUUUGGAGGGUCAAGUCCCCAUAUAUUUUUGCCAGACAGGAGCAGCGCUUCUACUACAGAUGCCUUCUCAAGAAGGAAUGAAAAUUCCUAUGGACCAUUACCCAAAAAAAGGGAAUGGAAGUUGUAUCUUUUAAAAGCUUAUCAUCCUCUUUUGCUCCAUAGGCAUAGGGAGAAUUUGCGGAAGACCAAAAAGGACGUCAAUCAUGCUACAUCAGAUGGCACAGACAAUGCCCUACCAGUAGCAGUUGAUUUUUUGGUGUCUAAGAAAACUCGUGUUAUAGUUAUAACUGGUCCUAAUACUGGUGGUAAAACCAUAUGUUUGAAGACUGUAGGAUUGGCUGCUAUGAUGGCAAAAUCAGGUAUGUUCAUUUAAUUUAAAUUAUUGAGAGCCUAUUGAUAUUUAACCUUUGGUUUCUUGACAUGGUUUGGUUUUUUUGCUGGACAUGAAUAUCCUGUGACAUCUUCCUCAAACCUGGACAUGAUAAUUUGGAGGGGGAGUGAAUCAUUUGAUUUGUGAUCUAAUUUCAAUUAAUUCACUGUCUUCUCAUUCAUGAAAUAUACAUCAUACUAACUUACAACCUCUUAUAUUUUAAAAGGAAUAAGUUAACUAUUUAUGUACUAGGUGUAUUUUAAGAAAUUUGUAGUUAUAGCUUGCUAACAUAUUCCUUCUAAAAGAAUAAGUGUAUGCUAGCAAACUCUAUACGCCCACCUGUUUUUUAGGAGUAUUCUUGAUAUAAACUCAUGACCUACUAUUCACCAAGGUACAACUUUACCAUUGCAAUAGGAAGCAGAUGCUCACAAAGAUGUUGUUGAGUUUAAUGUUGGCAACAUGGGAAUGGCUAAUAUUUAUUCCCAAGGUUGAGGGGGAGUAUUAGAAAUCAACCCAUAAUAAAUUAUAGGAGAAUCACUAUUGUAGUUCUUGAGAGAGAGAGAAAGGAAACAGAAAAAGGUUGUCUUUCAACUUGUCUUAGUCUCAGACCUAGUUGUCAAUGUCUCAGAAAAGGGCUACCUACGGAGGGUUCUGAUCAGUGGAAAGUUCUGACUAACAGGAAGUUGAGUGAAGUGUCACCAAGUAAAAAGUUGUCAGGACAUCACCUAUUAGAGACGAGGCUCUAAUAGGAAGUUCGGUAUUAUGUGGUGCUUAAGUCUCACAU